UUCUAACUCAAAAGUUCAUCAAUAUACACAGAUUGAUUAGACUCAUCAAUAUACUUAACUUCAGUUUCAAACCCUGCAAAAAUGACAAGUAACGAGGCUAAGUUCCCACCUCAGACCCAGCAAACUCAACCAGGAAAAGAACAUGUCAUGGAACCACUCCCACAAACCAUAAAUCCUGACCACAACCCCACCAAUAAACUAAGGGGAAAGGUGGCGUUGGUGACAGGAGGUGACUCAGGUAUAGGAAGAGCAGUGUGUCUAAUAUUUGCAAAAGAGGGUGCAACAGUGGCCUUUACAUACGUGAAAGGUGUUGAGGAUAGGGACAAGGAUGAUACUCUGAAGAUGUUGCUAGAAGCCAAGACAAGUGAUGCACAAGAACCAUUAGCAAUUGCUGCUGAUAUUGGAUAUGAUGAGAAUUGUAAACAGGUUGUGGAACUUGUUGUAAAAGAAUAUGGAAGCAGCAUUGAUGUUCUUGUCAACAAUGCAGCUGAACAACACCUCAGAAACUCAAUAGAGGAAAUCACUGAACAACAGCUUGAAAGAGUUUUCAGGACCAACAUCUUUUCACACUUCUUCUUGGUCAGGCAUGCUCUGAAGCACAUGAAAGAAGGUAGCUCAAUCAUAAACUCAACCUCAGUGAAUGCCUACACAGGUAAAGCAGAAACACUCGACUACACAUCGACGAAAGGAGCCAUUGUUGCAUUCACUAGAGGUCUUGCUCAGCAGUUGGUGAGCAAGGGAAUAAGAGUGAAUGCUGUUGCUCCAGGACCAAUUUGGACGCCAGUUCAACCAGCUACUAUGCCUUAUGAGAAGAUACAGAAUUUGGGGUCAGAUGUGCCAAUGAAACGAGCAGGUCAGCCUUGUGAGAUUGCACCUUGUUAUUUAUUCUUGGCUUCUCUACAGGACUCUUCUUACUUUACUGGUCAAGUCCUCCAUCCAAAUGGUGGGGUGAUUGUGAACGCUUAAUACUAGCCUGCCUGCUGUUCUAUUUGUACCUUCGCCUGUUUGGGUUAUGUUAUGUUUAUGCUUCUUGGAAUAAUUUGUACUUGUUGGAUUAUAUAUCAAAUUCAAUUUGGAUCAUGUUAUAUUUUGCGUUACUUAUUAAAAUGCAUUGUGACUUGACUUUACUCAA